UUUGUGCUGUUCUAAUCAUCUGGACAAUCCGGAACAGGUUUCGUCUCAGAACCCACACGGAGGAGAAGAGUAUCUCACAGCUAAGUAACAUGCGCAGGCCAUCGACCCAUUCGAUUCAUGCGUCCAAAGGAUCGAUUCAUGCGUCCAAAGGAUCGGUCCAUCUGUCCAAGGCGUCGGUGCACGCGUCCAAGGCGUCGGUGCACGCGUCCAAGGGGUCGUUGUAUGCGUCCAAGGCAUCGUUGCAGGCCUCCAGGGCAUCGGUGCACCCGUCAAGAGGAUCUUUGACAUCGCCCAGUCCAAUGGCUGACCUCCAUGUCAUGAACUCGAGCAAUAUUGGCGACAUGAGCAGCCUUAGCGGGAGCCUAGCGACUCGCACAGGAGCCGGUUUAGCAGUUCUGAGUCCCAUUUUAACCAGUGAAUCUGCAUUGCCGCAUACCACGACAGCAACCAGGUCUAUCACAAGGACGCCUUCUGUAUCGAGCAAGGGACCACGGCUCUUGAAAAGGAAGCCCCAGACGCCAGUGGAAGCUGUCUAUGCAAACGGCAUCCUGUUCCCGGACUACGACCCAUCUUGGAUGGAGGACUCGAACAGUGCCCCCCAUGCGUUUGAUGUGUUAUCGAACACCGAGAUCCCAUCUGAUCACGAAAUCCAUCGAGUGUACAGCUGCAUGAUGUACGUGGUGUGUAUUGGCAUCGCGUUACUCAUUGUCGUCUUGGGCGUUGUCGGUAUCUACGUGACCUACACAGGUGCAAAGAGCCAUGCGACAACGGCAACCAGCGAAGCGCCGCGUCUUGCCAUCAUCAUUUGCUACUCGGAUCCUGUGCGAGGCCGAGCUGCAUCAUUCAAGAUAGCGCAAAGUUGCAUCCAGUGCUGCACCCACCUAGUCUACGAUGGUAUGUACAGCGAUGCCAACGGAGACGUGACGCUGCGAGCGGUCCAGGACCAGAUCACAAGUGAUGAACUGAAUAGCUGGCGUGCCUUGAAGAAGCGCACUUCGCAGCCUCACGUGUACGUCGGACUUCGUUCCGAGAAUCCACUGGCAGAGACCGUAAAGAAGCCUGAAGCACUGAACCGCCUUAUGCAGUCGCUGCGCACAUCAUUCGCAGAAUGGGAUGGCGUUGCCAUCUUCUGGGAUGACAUCACCAGUACGGAUCCCAACCUGCACAAGUUCUUCUUUCAGACAUUGCAUGAUACUUUUCAAGGAACCAGCUUCGGAGUUUUAGCGCACAUUAUCCCCGCCGGACUGGAGAAGAACAACGUGGUGUACGACCUGGAUGCACUAGUCAAAUUCUCUACAGCAAUUGUCGUCCACACGCACGAAUUCGUCAUCCCGGGUAAAGCGUAUCCUCCUUGCAGCUUCGACAUGUCGGAGUCUUUGCCCGAAUCUCAGGACGUGAACUGGGUACAUGUGAUCAACGAGCUCCUUCAGCUUGACGCUAAAAUUGCACUCAAGCUACUUCCCACGGUGUCCACGCUCGGGAAGAAAUACACCCUCGCCGACGCUUCCAAAACCGACAUAGGCGAGCUCGUCACGGGAAGCACAAGCUUCAUAGCCCUGAGUGAGAUUUGUCCCCACUGGGCAGACUGGGAUCCGAAAUUCGAUCCGUCAACUAAAUGUGAAUACGGAUUUAACAACCAAGGGGAAUGGAUCGGCUUCGAAGGGAACCACAGCAUAGUAUUCAAGACGGAGCUAAUCAAGAAGAGAAAUUUCUACGGCAUCGCAGUCAUGGACAUCGAGAUGGACGACAGCGGCUACUGCAACAGCAGCGUCAAAAAUUACCUCCUCAACACGGUCCACAACGAACUUCACGGCACCGCGAAACAUUUGCACUAGUUCCCGUUAUCGAUUAUUAUAUUGCUAUUAGGAUAACCCUUUCUCUCUAUUUGAACGCAUUGUACUCUGUUGAAAUAGACGGCGGCAUAUAUGAAACAUGCAGCACGGCUCGGUUUGAAAAAAAAAAAAGAAAAACGAUAUAAUAUUGAGAGAGAUGAAGGUGUGUGUGUGUGUGUGUGUGUCUACCGUGAAAAAACACCUUCUGCCGUAAAUAAAGAAAUCGCGAGCAACUAUUACUUCCGUUAUGAGCAUGCCUUGUUGUGAAUUUCCUUUUGUUAUUCAUUCUUCGUUUACCAGCGGCAUAGCCGAAUGGGCUAAGGCAUCCGCUC